CUACUAUAUAAUCAACUGUCCUCAGUAGGAGAGACUAAAACCUUAGCACCCGAACCACUGAUACCUUGUUAAAAAUUAAUGACUACUACAGGGAUUAUCAUGCACGCCUUACCCUUCAUCGUUAUAGCCCUUCUGUGCAUCGCUAGUGUCACACAAGGUAAGAUGUGUAUGUUAUUUCAGUGUCCAUGUAUCAGAGUAUAUUCACUAAAUACAGAAUUAAAAGAGAAUUUCAAAUUGUAGAGCCACAGGCUUAUUUACAAAAGUGAGAAUUUUCAGGGACUCAAAGUGAAUUUUACAUUAAAGGCAAUAAUAGUUUAACUGUAAAAAAAUUCUCCAAGUCAGUUUGGCUAUUCUGGUCUAAAAUUUUAAAUUCAUUUUAGACCAGAAUAGUUUUUCUUUAACCCAGCAAUGGAGCGAAAAUUGAAAUAUUCACAAAGACAGGUGUGUUUCAUUUCAGGUCAAAAAUGAGAAAUUCACCACACCGUAAAUAGCCUUUCUAGUGUGUAUUUGCACGUAUAUUAUUAUUAGAAUUUAUAUAGCACCAUCAUACUCAGCAGCGCUUUAACAUAAGAGAAGUAAAGAGCUUACAAUCUAUGAGGUAGGUAGAUAAAUACAUUACUAAGUGUUUAAACCAGGCUUCCUCAAACUCCGGCCCUCCAGAUGUUGCUGAACUACAACUCCCCUGAUUCUCAGCCUAUCUAUUUCAUUGAUAGGAUCAUGGGAGUUGUAGUUCAGCAACAUCUGGAGGGCUGGAGUUUGGGGAAACCAAGGGUACUUACUGGUGAGAGGGUCUGGCUGGGAUUCAGGGUCUGGCAGGUUUUGUAGUUAGAAGUCAGUGACAUCGCCACUAUUGUAACCAGCUGAUCCGUGUUUGUGUAUAUGUGUAAUUAAUGCGCUUACAUGUGUCAGAGUUUGCUGUUGAUAAAUAAUUAAGUAACAAAUAUGCAUAAAAGUUUGUAAAAGAGUGUAAAUCAAAUUGUGUACAAAGCAGGCACUAUAUAACAAAUGAGCAAACAUAGCGCAGAUAAGGAAUGAUUUAUUAUAUGGACAGACAGGGUAUAUGUAGUAAUAUUGUCCUCUUCACUGACAUCUCGACUGUCAGAAAUCGCAAAGGAAGUGUAAUAGAACAGAGUAACUUAUUAACUCAGUAGUGUGUUGUUCUGCAUGUUGUCAGCAUUAAAUUCCAGACUCUGCACCAUGACUAUUUAAACAAACCUAUCAUAUUCAAUAACUACAACAGGAAGCUAAUUAAAGAUGAUGCAAACAAAAAAAAAAGUAUUAAAUAAUACUUCGUUUUCCAAUCCUCCACCACUGUUGAUAUUUUCCCUAAUUGCCAAGGAAGGGGGACCUUGCCACCAUUGGCUGUUGAAAGCAGACGUAUUUUCACAGACCUUACAUUAAAGUUCUGGACUGGCUAAUUAUGUCCCAAUGACGCUAAAGGAGGGGGAGUUAUACCUCCAGCAGCAGAGUAGUAUAACUCCAUAUGUGCAGUGCUCCAUAGUGAAACAGACUCCGACCACCAUGACAACUUUAAAUCACUGAAGUGGUCAUGGUACUUGGAGUAACACUUUAAACAUUAAAUUGUAAUGGCUUUAAAAUGGAAUUGUUACGCCAAAACAGACGCAAUUGGAAAAAUGUUUCACUUUAAUUGUUUUUCCAAUAUGGAUAUUUUUGCCUCAGUUUUUCAAUUUGUUUGCAGGUAGGUAGCAGACUAAACUGAGAAUAAUAUAGAAUGAACGCGUAAAUUGCAAUGUAUGGUCAAAAUAUUUGCACAGGAAAACUAAGUUGGAAUUUUUAUUUUCUCAUUUGGUAAUGUUGGCUUAAAACUUCCAAAUCCAUUGUCAAUUUUCCUUAUUUCGCAAGCUGGUGAUUUAAACCUCUCUUACCUAGGAAGUGUAUGCUUAAAUACAUGAGCGUGGUAAUUCAUUGAGCAUCAAAUUUUAGCACAUUAUGAUUGGCAAAAUUCAAGAUAAAACAGCUAAGCAGUGACUGGAUGUUAUUUUGGCUACAAAUCAAAUUUUAUAAAAUAACCUCAAGACUUUACUUAUAUGUUCUGUUUUAUUUUCAGCAUUUUCCUGCUGUACCAAAUAUACAAAAAAGUCCAUACCUUCGAAGUACAUCAUAUCCUUUUAUGAUCAGAAAUCCACUGAGGUCUGCGAUAUUGACGCUGUUGUGUAAGUUGCUAUUUUCUGUUAUUAGUUUCUUAGUAAGCAGCUGAAUUUUAAUAAAUCGAUUUGCUACAUAUGUAUGUUUAUUGCUUAAUUGAUAGCAAUAAUUUUAUUGAUAAAACCAAAUCAUAACUAACAAGGAUUUUCAAUCAUACGAAAUCUCAUGUAGAUUUACAGAUUGAAGUGGUUUAUCGAGAUAAAAUACAGCUUUAUAGAGAACAAGUAACUUAUAGUUUCAUAAUGUUUCAAAGAAGUGGCUUACAGUGAAGUUUCAAUUUUACAAGUAUGUUUUAAAACAGUCGGCAAGCUGUUGUGUUAUGUAAUUAUUUAAAGAGAGAGAGAGAGGACUUAUAAGAUUGUAUUGUUUACUAUGCUGCAAAUCGGUUACAAAGUCCAAAAGAUUUUUAACACCUUAUUACCAAUAAAGCGUAUAGGUAUCAUUGCUUUGAUUUUGUCUAGCAUUGCAAAGCCAACAAAAAUAACACUAAUAUAUUUAAAACCCACUUAACAAAUCAAAGCAGGUCAAUCAGUGCAGGUUUUCUAAGAAGCUUACAGGAAAGAGAAAUACAGCAUCUGAAUUCUACAAUGUAUUAUUAAAAUACAGAUACCUGGUUUUAGCCAAGCAACUCUAUUUUCUGUAUUUUGCCAUUAUUCACUGUCAUAAUGUCUGCAUAUUACUUAUAUUUUAAAAACCUACAUUCUAAAAAUACUAUCUUAUUCCUUAAAGGGACACUAUAGUCACCAAAACAACUUUAGCUUAAUGAUGCAGUUUUGGUGUAUAGAACAUGUCCCUGCAUCCUCACUGCUUAAUUCUCUGCCAUUUAGUAGUGAAAUCACUGUGUUUAUGAACCCUAGUCACACCUCCCUGCAUUUGACUUGUGCAGCCUUCCUAAACACUUCCUGUAAAGAGUCAUCUAAAGUUUAUCCUUCCUUUAUUGCAAGUUAUGUUCAAUUUAGAUUUUCUUAUCCCCUGCUAUGUUAAUAGCUUGCUAGACCCAGCAAGAGCCUCCUGUAUGUCAUUAAAGUUUAAUUUACAGAGAAAGAGAUACAAUUGUUUAAGGUAUAUUACAACUGAUUAAAAGUGAAACCAGUUUUUUUUCAUGCAGGCUGUGUCAAUCAGAGCCAGGGGAGGUGUGAUAAGGGCUGCAUAAACAGAAACAAAGUGAUUUAACUCCUAAAUGCCAGUGAAUUGAGCAGUGAAACCUUAGAAGCAUGAUCUAUACACUAAAACUGCUUCAUUAAGCUAAAGUUGUUUAGGUGACUAUAGUGUUCCUUUAACCCCUUAAGGACACAUGACAUGUGUGACAUGAUUCCAUUUUAUUCCAGAAGUUUGGUCCUUAAAGGGUUAAAUAUAUCAUACAUAGCAGAACAUCUAACCACUUUAUUUGUGAUACUUUUUGUAACACUAACUGUAUGCUAUGAAAUGAUUUUCUGUGCACAUUUCAAAUUAAUGUUACCCAGCAAAACUUUAGACACUAUAACAACCUCAUCUUGUUGAAAUUGUUAUAGUGUCUUCAGUCUUACCCCCCUCCUCUCUCCUUGUCCUAUCCACCAAAGCCCUUUAUGGUAAUAAUUAGAAGACUUGGAAGCGCAGUUUCAAUACACGCUUUUAAACCAUCUGGGUAUAAGAGCUGUGACUGUUGUCAUAGAGAAUUAUUCUAUUUAAUGAUUCUUUAUGGCAGAAUUAUAGGAGCAUUGCCAUGCAUGAGCCUAUGGUCCCCAAUGCUCCUCUGAAGAGCAUUGGAUUGGAUCGUCAUCAGCCAAGUUGGUGACAGUGGCAGUGCCAAGUCUCCAUUGGCGCAUUAAAAAGGUGAGUAAUUUUGUUAUUUUUCAUUCGUUUGUUGUUUUUAUUAAAAUUGGUGGGCCCUUGAACUAUUAGGCACAUUAAUACUAUAGCGUUAAGAAUGCAGAAAUGUAUUAUCAAGGUGAUAAAAGAGCUCUAGACUCAUGAUAACAAGUGAUUUGUUGACCACGUUUUUUGUUUGUUUUUUCUUCUCCUCCAGUUUUAGGGUGAUUCCUAAACCAUGUAAAUAUCCGGAAAAAGUUGAAAAUAUCUGUGCAGAUCCCGAGCAAGACUGGGUUAAGAACCACGUGAAAGCUUUGAAGUGAGUAUUACACCAUUUUGGCAACAAGCAAUAGUUAGCAAAUAAAGCAGAGCAUGUUGCAAUGAAAUUUUAUAUAGCUAAACAUAUGGGUGCAUGGAACAUUAAUAAUUUAAAUAAACACAUUUCCACAUUAGCAGAAUUUACAAAAUGAGCAGGUUGCCCAUAAAAUAUACCUAAUUACAGUAUUGUUUGUGGGCACAUAAAUACAGAGGUGGGUUGUUGGUAUCUGUAUUUUAAGAUAUCUCUGUGUUCUCUAAAAUGUAUUCACUAAACAAUAAAUGUAAUAAAUUGAAAACCACAUUGCAAAGAUUAGGCAAGAAUUUAAGAAAAAAAUCAAAAACUCCAAUUUAACUUUUCAAACCACCACCAUUCACUAUUAGGUGAAUAAAUCCCACGGGGCGAUCAUAUGCAUUGGUUAAACUGUGCAUGUUAAAUGAGUGGAAGAACAAGAUAAACAGCAAUGUAAAAUGAUUAUAGCUGUCAGCCAAGAAACUGUCAGCUCUCCAACAACUAAAAAGCAUUUCAGUUUGCUGCUUCCUCAUCGGCAUUCCAAACGUCUGUAUAUGCGAAACACGCCGUUUAAAUUCACACUAUUGUUACUGAAAAAACAUUGUGUGCAUCGCUUAUAUGAAUCAACCUACUAGAAUGAAAUAUAGGUGUAAUCUAAAAAUGAGUAUUCAACAAUCUUCUGAAGAUUAAGUGGGUAAUGUAUAAAUAGUGUCAUAUUCACGUACAUUUUCUAAUGUAUAAAACUGUUAUUUCAUCCUUUUGUACAUUGAAGAUUUGUUUUACACCUCAUCUGUAAUGUGUCGAAAUAAUCAGUUUUUCCAUCAAUUUUUAACUCCUAUUUUGGAUUUUUGCUCCUUUCUUUUCCUGAUGCUUGUACCAUUGAUUACAUUCCCAACAUAAGAGUGAGUGAUAUACCAAAAAAAAAAGAGACAUUUUAAAAAGAUUUUUUUUUAAAUUUCUUAAUUAAAAAUAAUGAGAUUUAAAAAAAAGGUAAUACUACUUACCUGUCUCGGAAAAACAUCACUAUGACCAGGAUGGAAAAUGUUUAUAGAAAAAAAAAAAAAGGUUUAUUUUUGCACUUUGUUUUUUGUGCAUUGGAAGCAACAUUAACCAAAACAAUGAACCGAAAUUUAACAGGAAAAUAAAAUAAUUCAAGUGAGGAAUAUUUUGGUGCAAAUAAGUAAAAUUAUGGAAAAAGCAUCAUAAAAUUCAAUUAAAGGUAACACGAUACUUUUUGUAAAUAAGCUUCGUAGUUUUUACAUUGAAUCCACAUACUGAAAUAAUAUAUUAUCUAAAUUAUAUCAAGUAGGGGCCAUUUACUAAGCAUGUACUAAGCAAGAACUUUUAAAAGUUUAUUUUUGUGUUUGUAUUUUCUUUAAUUCUAUGAUGAAUUAACCAGUAAAAAUAAACCACCUAAUGCACGUGUAGCAUAUUUAAUAUUAGAUACAUUUGAACUAAUUACUUUAUUUACUUUUUUAACAUUUAGCAUGUUUUUUUUUUGUGUAUGUUCAUUCUAGGAAUUCCACGAAUAAACCAAUAAAGAAGAAAAUUCAGAGGAUGAAGAACAAAUGUGGACGGCGUACAAAAAAGCUAAGAAAAAUGUCUAAUAAUUAGACAUUACGCCUGAAAAUAUACUGUUUCUUUAAGCCAUUUUGCUUAUGGCAAACUCUUCAUCCAGUUGGAUUUUAUUUCCUUUAUUUCUGUUUACCUUUCAAGCUUGCAACAAACAAUGAUGAAGAAAAAUAAAAGGCAAAAAAUAGAGGCAAAUAAAUAUCCCCACCAUCCACUGUCAGACUCACUUAAUGUCAAGAGACAGUCAAAGGCCAGCUCGUCACCAUCACCUGUCAUAAUCAUAGUCUUUUUCAGAAAAUCAGUAAGAAUAUGUCAUUUGCUGGAAUCACUGACUAUUUCUGGAUAACAACAAUUCCCUAACCAUCAGUUUUCUAAAUUGCAGAGAACUAUCUUUUAACAGAAAUCUGUUAUUAGACACCAAGAACGAUGUUAUAAACAUUUACCUCUUAUGUAGUAAGAGAGUUUAUUGACAUAAAUCUUCGCUUGCAACUGCUGCAUAGACCACGUUCAAAAGGGGCAUUGUGAAGCCACCAUUCUGGCGCACUGAACAUUUUGCACCAAACAGUAAUGACACAUGAUGGAUGGUGUAUUCAUUUUGUCAAUUGUGCUCUGAGACAAUACUUCUACAUCAAUGUUGCCCCACACCAAAGUGGCCUGGGUCAAUCCAGCAGGCCCAAAAUACUCUAGGACUGUUCCAUGUUUUAGAUUAUUUGUCUUGCCACUUGGCAUCCUUGCCCACUUUAAUUUAGCUGUGUUUUCUAAGGACAUCCUUAUUGUGACAAUUAUAUCUAAAUUUGAAAUUCUAUACAAUAUCGCAAAACAGUGAAUGUACUAAGUCAAUAUUCACCUUGAAUGAUUAUUCUGAAAUGUCUUAUGUCAUCAAUUGACACCAAGGACAUAUUUUAUGUCCACAUCUGGAAAGCAGACAAACUUUUAUUUUUUUAAAAUUCUAAUUAUUUAUUUAAUUAUACAUUGUAUAAUUUAAUUUUAUAAUGUAUAAACUAGAUUCACUGCAUUCUAUAACAGAUCUGUAAUAUUCUUAAAGAGGAACUGUCAUUGCCCAUUUACUAUCAUGUUUUCAAAAACAGUAUUUUGGACAAAUAUGUGUUUCUGAGCUGUAAAAAGAUCAAAUUAAAUGCAGAAAUAUGCACCUCUUUAUCCUACACAUGGGUGCCUCCGUCUUAGCUGUCUGUCAUUCAGUCACUGUUAUAGACUCUGUCCUUUGUACCUGGCAGUCAGCAUGGAGUAAGCAUAGUGAGAAAAGGAGACAUUAUAUUUACAAUUCUUGACUUUCUAAACUGUUUCAAUGUAAUUUGUUCAAAGUAAAUUUAAAAAGUUAAUUUCAGUUAGAUGUGAUUUUCAAUUAUUUUCUUUAUGGUGUAAAUUAUACAAUUCUUGUCCUUUCAUAAACUGUUUCAGAUGUAAUUUGUUCAAACUUGAAAUUAUAAAUUUAAGAAAGUUAAUUUGAGUUUGAUGUGAUUUUCAAUUAUUUUCUCAAUGGUGUAAAUUACCACAAAAGUUAGUUCCCCUUUAAUUCUUCAUGGCAUUGUACAAAAUUUGCCGCAUAAAUACAGAGGUGGGUUGUUGGUAUCUGUAUUUUAAGAUAUCUCUGUGUUCUCUAAAAUGUAUUCACUAAACAAUAAAUGUAAUAAAUUGAAAACCACAUUGCAAAGAUUAGGCAAGAAUUUAAGAAAAAAAUCAAAAACUCCAAUUUAACUUUUCAAACCACCACCAUUCACUAUUAGGUGAAUAAAUCCCACGGGGCGAUCAUAUGCAUUGGUUAAACUGUGCAUGUUAAAUGAGUGGAAGAACAAGAUAAACAGCAAUGUAAAAUGAUUAUACUGUCAGCCAAGAAACUGUCAGCUCUCCAACAACUAAAAAGCAUUUCAAUCGGCAUUCCAAACGUCUGUAUAUGCGAAACACGCCGUUUAAAUUCACACUAUUGUUACUGAAAAAACAUUGUGUGCAUCGCUUAUAUGAAUCAACCUACUAGAAUGAAAUAUAGGUGUAAUCUAAAAAUGAGUAUUCAACAAUCUUCUGAAGAUUAAGUGGGUAAUGUAUAAAUAGUGUCAUAUUCACGUACAUUUUCUAAUGUAUAAAACUGUUAUUUCAUCCUUUUGUACAUUGAAGAUUUGUUUUACACCUCAUCUGUAAUGUGUCGAAAUAAUCAGUUUUUCCAUCAAUUUUUAACUCCUAUUUUGGAUUUUUGCUCCUUUCUUUUCCUGAUGCUUGUACCAUUGAUUACAUUCCCAACAUAAGAGUGAGUGAUAUACCAAAAAAAAAAGAGACAUUUUAAAAAGAUUUUUUUUUAAAUUUCUUAAUUAAAAAUAAUGAGAUUUAAAAAAAAGGUAAUACUACUUACCUGUCUCGGAAAAACAUCACUAUGACCAGGAUGGAAAAUGUUUAUAGAAAAAAAAAAAAAGGUUUAUUUUUGCACUUUGUUUUUUGUGCAUUGGAAGCAACAUUAACCAAAACAAUGAACCGAAAUUUAACAGGAAAAUAAAAUAAUUCAAGUGAGGAAUAUUUUGGUGCAAAUAAGUAAAAUUAUGGAAAAAGCAUCAUAAAAUUCAAUUAAAGGUAACACGAUACUUUUUGUAAAUAAGCUUCGUAGUUUUUACAUUGAAUCCACAUACUGAAAUAAUAUAUUAUCUAAAUUAUAUCAAGUAGGGGCCAUUUACUAAGCAUGUACUAAGCAAGAACUUUUAAAAGUUUAUUUUUGUGUUUGUAUUUUCUUUAAUUCUAUGAUGAAUUAACCACUAAAAAUAAACCACCUAAUGCACGUGUAGCAUAUUUAAUAUUAGAUACAUUUGAACUAAUUACUUUAUUUACUUUUUUAACAUUUAGCAUGUUUUUUUUUUGUGUAUGUUCAUUCUAGGAAUUCCACGAAUAAACCAAUAAAGAAGAAAAUUCAGAGGAUGAAGAACAAAUGUGGACGGCGUACAAAAAAGCUAAGAAAAAUGUCUAAUAAUUAGACAUUACGCCUGAAAAUAUACUGUUUCUUUAAGCCAUUUUGCUUAUGGCAAACUCUUCAUCCAGUUGGAUUUUAUUUCCUUUAUUUCUGUUUACCUUUCAAGCUUGCAACAAACAAUGAUGAAGAAAAAUAAAAGGCAAAAAAUAGAGGCAAAUAAAUAUCCCCACCAUCCACUGUCAGACUCACUUAAUGUCAAGAGACAGUCAAAGGCCAGCUCGUCACCAUCACCUGUCAUAAUCAUAGUCUUUUUCAGAAAAUCAGUAAGAAUAUGUCAUUUGCUGGAAUCACUGACUAUUUCUGGAUAACAACAAUUCCCUAACCAUCAGUUUUCUAAAUUGCAGAGAACUAUCUUUUAACAGAAAUCUGUUAUUAGACACCAAGAACGAUGUUAUAAACAUUUACCUCUUAUGUAGUAAGAGAGUUUAUUGACAUAAAUCUUCGCUUGCAACUGCUGCAUAGACCACGUUCAAAAGGGGCAUUGUGAAGCCACCAUUCUGGCGCACUGAACAUUUUGCACCAAACAGUAAUGACACAUGAUGGAUGGUGUAUUCAUUUUGUCAAUUGUGCUCUGAGACAAUACUUCUACAUCAAUGUUGCCCCACACCAAAGUGGCCUGGGUCAAUCCAGCAGGCCCAAAAUACUCUAGGACUGUUCCAUGUUUUAGAUUAUUUGUCUUGCCACUUGGCAUCCUUGCCCACUUUAAUUUAGCUGUGUUUUCUAAGGACAUCCUUAUUGUGACAAUUAUAUCUAAAUUUGAAAUUCUAUACAAUAUCGCAAAACAGUGAAUGUACUAAGUCAAUAUUCACCUUGAAUGAUUAUUCUGAAAUGUCUUAUGUCAUCAAUUGACACCAAGGACAUAUUUUAUGUCCACAUCUGGAAAGCAGACAAACUUUUAUUUUUUUAAAAUUCUAAUUAUUUAUUUAAUUAUACAUUGUAUAAUUUAAUUUUAUAAUGUAUAAACUAGAUUCACUGCAUUCUAUAACAGAUCUGUAAUAUUCUUAAAGAGGAACUGUCAUUGCCCAUUUACUAUCAUGUUUUCAAAAACAGUAUUUUGGACAAAUAUGUGUUUCUGAGCUGUAAAAAGAUCAAAUUAAAUGCAGAAAUAUGCACCUCUUUAUCCUACACAUGGGUGCCUCCGUCUUAGCUGUCUGUCAUUCAGUCACUGUUAUAGACUCUGUCCUUUGUACCUGGCAGUCAGCAUGGAGUAAGCAUAGUGAGAAAAGGAGACAUGGAAACAAAAUGAAAGAUUUCUCCAUUUUAUUUACAAUUCUUGUCCUUUCUAAACUGUUUCAGAUGUAAUUUGUUCAAACUUAAAUAUAAAUUUAAAAAGUUAAUUUGAGUUAGAUGUGAUUUUCAAUUAUUUUCUCAAUGGUGUAAAUUACACAAAAGUGACAGUUCCCCUUUAAUUCUUCAUGUCUGUUUUCAUCCGCAUAUGUACUUAUUACAUUUCUAGACCGAAUGAAGUCUCUGCUUUUUUUAGCGGAACUCUUCAUAUCUUAUUAGCUCAUUGACCUAAAAAGUCUGAAUUUACAGUUUCCUCUGAAACUAAAUACAUUUUUUGUAUGUUGAUUCAUAUUGCAUCGUAAAUGUAACUUAGCUUCUUGAAGCUUGAAAAAAAAUGUUUCCAUCAUAUGUGCAAAGUAAAUGUUCAUUAAUAAACAAUGAAUCUGUGAAUUGUGAGAAAA